AUGACUAAAGAAGCUGGUUGUGCCACCUUCGACAUGAAUUCCUUUGCUCAAGACCAAGACCAUGAAAUUGGUGUAGAUUUUGGCCAAUUUGAACAGUUUAUAGAUCUUACUGGUCACCAGGAUCCAAUUAGUGCGUUGCAAGGCCAAUCUGCCGAUAAUGCUGCAUCACCUUCGUCGAAUUCAUCCGGGGGGGCGCCCUUGGCUGAAGACAUAGAAGGAGAUGCGGUCAAGUCUACGUCCUUAGACAAGGCCGAGAAGCCUAUGGAAAGCAAACCGGUGAAAGUUGGCAGCCGCUUCACAUCCAGCGCUGUCAAGGCUUUGAGAACCUGGUUUGAUACCCACGAACAGAAUCCGUAUCCGACCCCAAAAGAAAUCGACAGGCUGCAGAACCGAACCGGCUUAGAGAGACAGCAAAUUACCAACUGGUUUGCCAAUACGCGUCGUCGCAGAAAGUUCCAAUCACAUGCUGCCCCUGCUGCGCAAGUCUCAUCCUGGACUGAAAGUACUGCGGGGCCUGUUGACAUACCCGCUCGGACACCAACGCCAAUGCCAUUCGAGCUCAUGAACCCUUUACAACGUUGGGAGAAUUCGCCGCCGGAACACGAACCUGCUCUUGUAUCUGAUAUCUCUCGUGCUGUUGUUGCAUCAUCUGGGCAUUCGGAUUUUCCACGUCGUUCUCCCGUUUCGGGCAGGUCGUCAGAGAAUGCAUCCUCUAUCGGUAGCACUGGAACAUCACGCUCCAGCAGAGGCUCAGGGUCGAACAAUUCUGCAUACUCGUAUGGUUCCAGACGGUCUGCUGGGUCGCGAGACUCAAACAAGAUUUCGAAUCGACGGAGAAGACGUGGGAUUACAAAAUCUCAAAAAGUACAGCGGAUUGGCUUGCAGCAAGUACGCAACAUGUACCAAUGCACGUUCUGUACGGAGACAUUCAAAACGAAAUAUGACUGGCAGCGACAUGAGAAAUCCUUACAUCUUUCGCUCGAGCAAUGGGUAUGUUCACCUAAUGGCCCAACGGAGAUUCACCCCGAGAAAGGCAAGGUCUGCGUCUAUUGUGAAGAGUCGGAUCCUGCCACGUCCCAUCUGGACGGGCACCAUCAAGCUGCAUGUUCAGAGCGGCCUCUUGAAGAGCGCACAUUCUACAGAAAAGACCACAUGCGGCAACACCUGAAGCUCGUACACGGAUCGAGUCAGAUAACACGACUGAUGACAGAUAAGUGGAAAUCAGCCACCAGCAAAAUUCUCUCAAGGUGCGGAUUCUGUGGCGCCCGCUUUGAAACAUGGGCAAGUAGAGUUGAUCACCUUGCACAUCAUUUUAAGAAUGGGAGUACAAUGGCAGAAUGGGAGGGAGACUGGGGCUUCGAGCCUUCUGUAGUGGACAUGCUAGACAAUGCCAUGCCACCGUACCUUAUUCGAUUCGAGCUAUCCGCACCACUUCCUUACGCUGCAAGUAUUGGGCCAGCAGAUACGUCUUCCAGCGCCUACGAACUUCUCAAACUUGAAGUUGAAUACUAUGUACGCAACUACUAUGAAAGCAAGCAAAGCCUGCCUUCCGAUGAUGAGCUUAAAUAUGAAGGCUGCAGCAUUAUCUUCGGUGCUGAAUUCUUCGCACCUGCACUUGCCCCUUCGUCUCCGUCUUGGCUCAGGGAUUUGUUCAUGCGCUCGGCAGAAAUCGCCACAAGAGCUCGAUUUCGACCUAUGAACCAACUGGCAAAGUUCCGAAUGAGCCAACUUCGUAUCAAUGGAAAGAUGAACAUUUUUGAAGACUGCGAGCUCGAGUCACAACUCUGCCGAUACGUUGCGAUACAAUCCACGCAACGCGUAAUUCCAAAUCAUGAGAUUCAACAAGCAGCGUGUGUCAUAUUGAGCCAAGUGGAGUCGUCUUCCAUAAAUCCUUCAAGACGGUUUGCGGGCUUUUUGGUCCGUCUGAUAUGGGAGUCCACUGAUUGGAUCAAUCCCCUGCGGCAAAGGGGGAGCCAGUACUCACAGGGUACUUUAUCGCAGGAGGAAGCGUCAGUAUUUAACUAUGGAGACGAUCCGAAUCAGCUUAAUGGCUUCUAUGGUGACCUUGCGAGUUUCGGGCAAAUGAGUUGCACGGCUGAGAGUAACCCAAACUUGGCAAGCUCAAGCAACCUAUUUCAACAGUUUGGAGCCUCAGCAGCCCGAAAUUCACAAGAUGCCUCUUUACAGAAUCCUACUGUCUUGGGAACUGAUAAUUCAGGAGAAUCAGCCCAAGACUUUUACAUGCGUCUGCAGACUGCCAAAACACUCUUCGAUGGCUCUGGGUAUCCACUCCUUGAAGAACGCCCAUCUCGAAGUGCGGUGCCCUUUUUCCUUAACGAUCUGAAUAGAUAUCGUCAUCUGGCAAAAGAAUUGUCCCGGUUUGUAGCUAGCACCAUGUCCCCUAAUAAUCCCAACAGCCAUGUACCCACUGAUGAGGAAAUCAGACAUCAAGCAAGGUGGAUUUUAUAUGACGACGGCGAUCCUUGGAAUCAAACACCCGCGGAUGUUGAAGAGUGGUUCUUGGAAUUUAAGAAAAAUAAUGGUCUGUUGUAA